UCCAGAAAACGGGUGGGCGAAAAACUUCGAAUCAGACUGUAGAGAUGGUUGCUAACGGCUUUAAGUGGAUUUUUCAGAGGGGACGGAGUAUCAUGAGAAAAUAUGGCGUUUUAUUCCUGCUGCUCGCUGAUGUUUGCUUCAAAUCCGCAAACGGGUCCCUGAUUACACCUGUGGAUCAUGAUCCUGCUUACGCCUCUCCAGUCGGAUCAUCAGCACCAGCUGCAGCAGCCGCCUCUUCCUCCUCUUCAUCAUCAACAUCAGAGUCUCUGAACGGAGUCGAGAAUCACGAGGCAAAGUGUCCCAGCGGAGGAAUGUGUAAUAAGUUACCAGCCAACUGCUUCACAUGUGCGUACCAUCAAAACUGCAGCUACGGCAAGCCGGCUAAUUUCAACUGUACGACCAAGGAAGGAGUUCACUGCGUGGACGCUUUGGGUCAGCGGCAGAAAGACUUUAACCUGACUGUGGAUUGUCAGUUUUGCUGGCAGCUCGAUCCAGCUCAGUAUCGCUGCAACAUUUCUACCACCUGCAUGACCGUGUCCUGUCCUCGCAAACGCUACAAUGCCACUUGCACCGUCCUGGACCACGUCAACUGCUUAGGGAAAAGGGUAUUUCAGAAGCGUCUCUUCUGCAACUGGACUGGAGGAUAUAAAUGGUCCACAGCACUGACGCUCAGCAUCACUCUGGGUGGGUUUGGAGCCGAUCGCUUUUAUCUGGGUCAGUGGAGAGAGGGACUGGGCAAGCUCUUCAGUUUCGGAGGACUGGGCAUCUGGACCCUCAUCGAUGUCCUCCUCAUCGCCGUUGGUUACGUUGGACCUGCUGAUGGAUCGCUCUAUAUCUGAGACGUAAAGUGAUAUUAUACAGGCCUGUUUUGGUUUGUUUGUUAACAAAGUGAAUUUCAGACUGGACUGGAAAACACACACACACACACACACACACACACACACACACACACACACACACACACACUGCUAACACUCAGGUGAGAUUGAGCUUGAGCUGCUUCUCUCACCACAGCUAGGCUACAGGAAAACGUUCUUCUUGUGUUCACGUAGAAACACGAUGUCUAGCUUAAGAUCGCCACAGGUAAACGACUUCAUAGCAGUCUGCAUGAUUCUCAGUCCUAGUGCUCGUACACGCACAGGGUUUGUGCCGAGCUGUGCGUGAGGAGGUGUGAGAAUUUUUUUUUUCCCCCUCCUUCCUCUAGCACAUAAAAAGACUCAAAGAAAGAUCCUUGGUUUCAGUCUCUCCAAGACUCUUGGAAUUGUAAUGCCACUUUGUAUCUUCGAGAUGCAUAAAUGGUUCCUUCAGUCUCCUAGAGCCAGGAGAAUGAGCUGUAACUGAGGAAAUGAGCGAAAAUGGACACCUGGGAAAGCGUCCUCGGAUGCUUUGUGCUUUUUAAUGUUGAAAAGAGAGAAACAAAAAGCUCAUGGUGUACCAGUGCCAUUACACUGUUGAGCAGUGUAACAUUAUGCCUGUGUGUUUCGUGGUAAUGUUUGUCUCGACCGUAAUUGCAUUUGUACUACCUAUUUAUUUUCUUUUUUUUUUUUUUUUUUAAACCAACUAAGCUCCUGAAAAGAGCAAAUGAUAUGAUUAUCAGUCCUUAAGGUUCAUUAGGUUUCACUAAGCAGAUAUAUUCACGCUGAUGUGUUUUAAAGGACCAAGGCAUGAAUGGGAUGUAAUUAUAGAAAUAAACCAUGCAAAAAUCAAA